AUGGGUGCUUGUGCCGCGGUACUAAUUGUCAUCGUCACCAUCUUCUUCCCUCCGCUCGGCGCAUGGGCUGUGGCAGGAUGUGGAAUGGACCUACUCAUUAACGUAUGCUUGACGAUACUUGGUUAUUUCCCGGGUCAUAUACAUGCGUUUUAUCUCGAAUACGUCUAUUACGACCGUCGACAACAAGCCCGCGAGGGCCAUUAUCCGCCGCGUCGUGCUCCCGGCAUCUACUCUGACAAGGUGCAAACGGGUGGGCAAGGCCGUCGACAAGGUUAUGGAACGAUGGCACCGCCGCCUGCC